AUGUCAAGCAAGAAGAGAGCUGGAGCACCGCAUGCUCACUUCCUUGGCGAUGUCUUCAGACCGGAGAAGAGGCAGCGUAUGGCGGACGACGACGAACAGCGUGUCUCGGACGAUCACGAGCACCAUAUCUCAGACGACGAAGGACAGCGUGUCCCAGACAAUGACGAGCAGCUGAUCUUGGACGGUGAUGGGCAGCGUAUCUCGGGUGAGGAAGAGCCGCGUGUCUCGGACGAUGAAGGCCAGCGCGUCUCGGAGGAUGGCGGGCAGCAUAUCUCGGACGAUGAAGGGCAGCAGGUCCCCGAAGAUGAUGUCUCGGACGAUGACUAUGUCAUCGAUGAGUUCCCACUCGGCUCACCAGACCUGUUGGCACGCCUGACUUGGUGCCCAGCUAGGUACUGUGGCCGGGACGACGAGCGUCAGCAAAAGCCCUGCAAGAUACGAUGUUUCUACCAUAUAGCAGCGAUUUAUGAUAUCGUAUACGACCCAGCUCCAGUACAAGCCACCGAGAACGCCGCUGAAGAGCUGGAAGAAGGAGAGAUCGGCGAUGAUGAUGUUGCGACCCAGGUGGGAGACGAUGAAGAGGCAGAUCCUAGCAAGGACUACUCGGAGAAGUCAGACAAAGCCGUUGAAAAGGCCGGCAACGGAUUUUCUGCCGAAGUCUUUCAAUUCCUCGAAGCCUCUGGCCCUAGAGUACGCUUCAAAUACCUGUCUGACGUCUCAGUCCCUGUUGCCAUCGGCGACGAGCCGCAAGACAUCAUCGACUAUUGUGUUGAGCAGCUCGGUGGCAAGAGGCAUGAGAAUAACAGGAAACUCGUGGGCGAAGUCGCACCGUGGGAACAUGAAGGUGCUGGAGGGAAGCUACUGCGCCGUUACUGCAGGCAUACUAUGGGAAGAGAGCUAGGGUGGGGGCGCGAUGCCCUCACGUUGCGAAAGGCGAGGAUACCGCGCAGGGACGAUGGGGAGCACUGGGAUGUGAUGGAGGUGGAGGCCGAGGAUGAGGGAUACGCCGACGGACCGCCUGAGUGGUUCGCCCAGCUCCAACAGGCGGCGAGUAAGGCGCAGGAGCCCGAGAAGGAGAAGAAGGGUAGCUCCAAAGAUGAUCCAAUCGAGAUUUGA